CCCCGGGUUAUGGGGCCUCGAGACCAGACGUCAGCGGAGCACUCCAACCCUCACUUUUCACUGUCAGCUCGAGCUUCUUACAGCUCUGUAAUUCCAGUCGCUCGCUCGUGCCUGUCAUCGCAACACAUCUGGCACCACCGCCGACCUCAACGGAUGAACGCGCAAUAACACGAACCGCGCAUUUCGCACCCCAGAGCAUGGCUUCCUACUCCGCCAUCGGCCCCGAGCCAACAGACGCAGACCCCAUGACUUCGAGCACCGGGUCGCUGAGAGGGCGACGGAGAGGCAGAGGAAAGCAAGACGUCGGAUUCAAGGGCCAGGCAACAUGGAUAUCCAGUGUCAUCAACCUGGCCAACACCAUUCUCGGUGCCGGCCUCCUCGCCAUGCCCUCCGCGCUCUCGAAAAUGGGCAUCUUCCUCGGCAUCUUCGUCAUCGCAUGGGCUGGCACAACCGCAGGCUUUGGCCUCUACCUCCAGACGCGAUGCGCGCGCUACAUUGAUCGCGGACAUGUAUCCUUUGCGACACUGUCUCAGAUGACAUACCCGAAUCUGUCCAUCAUCUUCGACGCCGCUAUCGCAGUCAAGUGCUUCGGCGUCGCCGUCAGCUAUCUGAUCAUCAUCGGAGAUCUAAUGCCGGGUGUGGUUCGAGGAUUUGCGCCAGGCGCUGGAGACAUCGCCUUUCUGGUCGACAGGCAGUUCUGGAUCACGGCAUUCAUGCUUAUCGUCAUUCCGCUGUCCUUCCUACGCCGUCUAGACUCGCUCAAGUAUACCAGCGUUAUUGCCCUUUUCUCGAUCGCCUAUCUUGUCAUACUCGUCGUGGCCCACUUCCUCAAAGGCGACACGAUAGCCGACCGAGGCAAUGUCCGUGUCUUUGAAUGGGCGGGCCCCGUCUCCGCACUCGCCGCCUUCCCCGUCAUCGUCUUCGCCUACACAUGCCACCAGAACAUGUUCUCGAUUCUGAAUGAGAUAGCCGACAACUCUCACUUCCAAACGACGACCGUCAUCUUCGCUUCCAUCGGGGGCGCAUGCGGCCUCUACAUUCUCACCGGCAUCACAGGUUACCUAUCAUAUGGCGACAACAUCCACGGCAACAUCGUAUCCAUGUACCCCACCGCAGCCGCCAGCACUAUCGGUCGCCUCGCCAUCGUCAUCCUCGUCAUGUUCUCGUACCCACUUCAAAUCCACCCCUGCCGCGCCAGCAUCGACGCGUGUCUCAAGUGGCGCCCAGGCGGUCGCAAACAAAGCGAAGGCAGCCCCUCACGAAACACACUCAUGAACAACACACCCAAGCCCGGCGCGCCCAAGAGCAGCGAGAUGAGCGACCUCAAAUUCGCAGUCAUCUCCACCGUCCUCAUCAUCCUCUCCUUCAUCACCGCCAUGACCGUUUCCAGUCUAGAGAAAGUGCUGGCUUAUGUUGGGAGCACGGGUUCCACGACGAUUUCUUUCAUUCUACCCGGCUUGUUCUACUACAAGAUCUCCGACCCGGAGUCCUCACACCACCAACGUCUCGUUAAGGAUGAAGACGACGAAGACGAGUACCAGAGCGGAGAGGCGGAAGGAUAUGUCACGAGCGAGGGGCAUCUUAAUCGCGAUUUCAGAAGGGGGUUGCUGCGUAAUUUGGCGCUUGCUUUGAGCAUUUAUGGUGUUGUUGUGAUGGUCGUUUGUCUGAUUACGAAUACCUUUUUGGUUGCGGCGCAUUGAGGAGGUUUGAUCUAGUUGCUUUGGGCAGACGGGUUGCAUUUAGCGGGAGUUUCUUGCUUGGGGGCUUACCAAUUAGACUGGAUGGAUGGAUGAAUGGCAUGGGAUGGCCCUGGUGUUGGAGUCAAGUCGACGAUGGUGUCGGCGUUUCUUCUUAUAUUCUUACAUGUUGUACAAGUAUACAUGUAGCAUCGUAAUAGUUUCGAACAGAUAUA